AUGUCGCUCGACUUUAUCGGGACCAUCGAUUCGGACGACGAGGGCCCGCAGGUCGACGUGCGCGCCGAGUCGUCCAAGCGCGCUGAGGCUGCCGACGAGUUUGCGGCUGACUUUGCCUUCGACCUCGACGGCGCAGGACCCGGCACCCUCGAUCUCUGGGGCGGCGACGAGGUCAAGGGUGCGGAAGGACCGGUAACAGUCGAUGACAUUAUCGAGCGCAAGACGGGCAAGGCACUGCGGUCGUAUCGCGAGCGCAAGCGGAGGAGGGACGAGGGCGAGGAUGAGGAGGAUGAGGAGAGGAGUGAGGCCAGCGACGAGGGGAGUGACGACGAGGAGGAGGAGAGGGAGGAGGACAACGACCUCGAGAUCGACGGCGACGAGUCCGGGGACGAGGAGAUGGAGGCUGACUUUGAUGAGGACGAUGAGGAUGGCCAGGACGAGGAUGACGAUGAGGACGAGGAUGAUGAGGAUGAUGGGGACGAGACGGACGGCGGCUCGUCAUCUGACGAGGAGGAGGAGACCGCCGCCGAGAAGGCGCGCAAAGACGCGUUCUUCGCAGCCGACCCGACAGCCGAGCAGACCGACCUGCCCACUUCGUUCUCUUCGAUGAACCUCUCACGGCCGAUGCUCCGUGCCCUCACUUCGCUGGGCUUCACUGCGCCAACUCCUAUUCAGUCGCGUGCUGUCCCUCUCGCGCUACUGGGCCGCGACAUCCUCGGUUCGGCGGUGACAGGUUCCGGUAAGACGGCAGCGUUCAUGAUCCCCAUCCUGGAGCGCCUGAGCUACCGUGACCGUGGGCGAGGUGGACAGGCAUGCCGUGUGCUUGUGCUGUGUCCUACCCGCGAAUUGGCAGUGCAAUGCGAGCAGGUCGGUAAGGCACUGGCAGAGCGCGGCGGCUUCGACGUCCGCUUCGCCCUGCUCGUUGGUGGCCUCUCCCUCUCGGUACAGGCGCACGCUCUCCGCACCCUCCCGGACAUUCUGAUCGCCACACCCGGUCGUCUCAUCGACCACCUGACUAACACGCCCUCGUUCACCCUCUCGGCGCUGGACAUUCUCGUCAUCGACGAGGCGGACCGCAUGCUCGAAGCCGGGUUCACAGACGAGCUCGAGGAGAUUGUGCGCCAGUGCCCGCGCGGUCGGCAGACCAUGCUCUUCUCGGCUACCAUGGACGACUCUGUCGACGAGCUGGUCAAGCUCUCGCUCGACAAGCCUGUGCGCGUCUUUGUCGACAAGGAGCGUAACACGGCUGCGGGACUUACGCAGGAGUUUGUGCGUAUCCGUGAUGACGACUUGCGCUCGCCAGCGCUCCUCACACUAUGCCGCCGCACAGUGCGCGAGCGGUGUAUCAUCUUCUUCCGCUCCAAAGCGCUUGCGCACCAGAUGCGUGUCGUCUUUGGUCUCUGUGGCCUCAAGGCGGCCGAGCUCCACGGCAACCUCACGCAGGAGCAGCGUCUGGUUGCUCUCAAGGAGUUCAAGGAGGGCCACGUCGACUACCUCCUCGCGACGGACCUUGCAUCGCGUGGUCUCGACAUCAAGGGUGUUGAGACCGUCAUCAACUACGACAUGCCCUCCCAGCUCGCGCAAUACACGCAUCGCGUGGGCCGUACUGCACGCGCGGGGCGCAAGGGUCGGUCUAUUACGCUCGUGGGUGAGGCGGACCGCAAGAUGCUCAAGGCUGUCAUCAAGCAGAGCCGCGAGGACCAGAUCCGCCAUCGUAUCAUCCCUGGUGAUGCGAUUGCCGAGCAGGCUGCGCGGCUCGACGAGUUGCGCGACGACGUCACCGAGGUGCUCAAGGAGGAGAAGGAGGAGAAGGUAAUGCGCCAGGCGGACAUGGAACUGCGCAAGGGCCAGAACAUGGUCGAGCAUGAGAAGGAAAUCUUCUCGCGUCCUGCCCGUACAUGGUUCCAGAGCGAGAAGGACAAGGCGGUUGCCAAGGAGGCUGGCAAGGCUGUUCACACUGGCGAGGCCAAGGCGGCUGCUCGUGCGGCCAAGGCGGACGCGAACGGCAAGAAGGAGAAGCAUGGGCGAUACGACGGUCUCUCGCGCCGGCUAAAACGACGCAAGAUGGCCAACGACGAGGAGGCACGCGAGAAUGCGGCUGUCAAGGUCUCUGCGGCGAUCCGGAGCGCCAAAAGGGCAUCGCGACCGGUCAAGAUCACCGAGCCUCUCAAGGCCAAGUCUGCGGCGGCCGCGGGCAAGGGUAAGAAGAGGAAGACGUCGCGGAUUGGCAAGGGAAGCGCUUUUGGUGAGAGCCACGAGGGCAUGCGGUCCAAGCCGGUCAAGGUCAACCUACAGAAGAAGGGCGGGAAGACCAAGGGCAAGGGCAAGGGCAAUGGCAAGGUUGGCAAGCGGUAG